GGGCAGCAGAGGGUUGAUGUGUGCCGUCUCGCUUAUCAGCCCAGCGUUCAGCUGACACCAACAAUAUUUGAUAUCUUAUCUCCAAGCCUUGCUAUGCAACCCUGUACUAUCCAGAUUUGAUGGAUUGAAGAGAUCCUUUGCAUGAUUGGCACAUCAGCUUGUCAUCCACAGAAGGGAGAACAAUCUUACCUUUAAACUUUGGAGGCCUUUUUGCUGUUUUGCACUUUGUGAAUUUUGUUAGAAAUAAGUAAGGAAUGUGGGAAUUGGAUUUUAUGAGGGUGUAAUUUCCAAAAGGAGGUUUAAGUUCAAGUGAGAUAUAAAGCUCAAAAUGUUCUGGUGAAAGUAUUUGGCACAUCUGCCCACACACACUCCCUUUUCACAAGUUUUCUGUCUGUGGGGUUGAUGAUGUUUAUCAAGCUAGCCUAAAAUCUGUUUCCCAAUGUUACAACAAUAAAAGCAUCGGGGCAUUUUCUAUGAUUGCCCUCAACAGAUGGACCUGACUGGCUGUCAGGUGUUUUAUUUUCCAUUCCUGUAAGAUCCAAGUGAUUAUUAGGAGCUACUUUUUAUGUUGGCUUAAAAAUUGGGAUAGAAAGUUGUUUUGAUUUCUGCUGUUUCUAAAGCCAAGACAGAAACUUCCCUAUUGAAGUACACUUACUACAGGAAAAGCAUUCGAAAAAAAUCAGGCAUUCAGUGAAGAGUGGAGGUGCAGAAUUGCACAAAACUUUUGCAUCUGAUUUUUCUUUUCAAUUUUUAACUUUACAUGCUUGAAUACACACUGGCUUUUUUCAUUUUUUAUUUUUCUAAAGGCAUUAAAAGUCACUUGAAUAUUAAAGUCACAGGACUUUAUGGGUGUGUUUCAGCUUUGCCUGACCUCCAGCUGUGAUCAGAUCCUGAUUCAAAUGUUAAAUCCUGAAUUAUGUGAUAUUGUGGUUUUUAAACUGUGACGCUCCCACCUCAAACCAGACAGACCACAGAGGAAAACACAAAUUCAGAAUUUACCAAAAGCCAUCAGGUUCUCUGGCUGGUUAGGCUUCAGGCUGCACAUAUGAGAAAAGAAAAACGUUAAGUCAGGAUUUGGGUUAAGAUAUUUUAACUAGGUCUGCUUAUAUGAUUCCUAUCAGCUGGAAGCAACUUAUGCCUAAAGGCUCGCUGUUUUCCUUUUAAAGAAUAAACGUGUGUUCUAAUGCUAAAAGAACUAAAAUGUUUUAGGAUUUAGGCGUGUAGUUUAUGGUGUUUACUUCAUAUUAAGUCUUCGAGCAUAUCGUCAAAGAGCGUGGGUGGACCCGUCGAGCCCCACGUGCUCCUUGUUUCCAGGUCCACGGCUCCUCGCGCAGCCUCAUUGCCUCGCGUGAGCCCAGGCCGUUUGUGUGAUCGCGCGGCGGAGCUCGGAGACACCGUCACGCACCAUGCCGCUGGAGCCGAGCAGAGGGCUCGCUCCGUCCGGGCGCGUUUAACUCACCAGAUGCCGGGAGCGAGCUGAGAAAUGCGGGCGCCGCGUUCAAAGGACCCCCGCUGUUCUGUUUGUGUUCAGUGUCAACAACAGUCCCGCUGCAGCUCCGCUCACGCCUCUUUUCAGUCCUUUUAACGGCGCUGCACCGAGGAAAUCACCAGGACUAUGUGAGCAUCAUGCUCGCUGUGAGAUGCCUGCUGUUCGCUGCAGUGUGUGCACGGUGCGCCGUGACAGGGCUGAGGGGAUGGGUGAGUCCGGGGGGAAGGCUACCGCCUGCAGAGGAGGUCGUUCAGCCCAAGAGACUCUUGCAACAGAUCCACUCCCAGGAAGAGCUGCUCCACAGCCGCCUGGACACCCGGGUCAGCAACUACACAACUGGGGUGCAGCCCAUCCAUCUGGCCCAAAGCAGCUUUUUGGUGGAGGCCUUCGGGACAUCCUUCAUCCUUGACCUGGAACUCAACCACAACCUUCUGUCUACAGACUAUGUGGAACGUCACUAUGAAGAAGACGGGCAGCUGUCACAGAAUAUGGGAGGAGAGCACUGUUACUACCAUGGUCAUCUGCGGGGGCUGCCGGACUCCUGGGCUGCUCUUUCUACCUGCCACGGCCUGCAGGGGAUGUUUUCGGACGGGAACUUCUCGUACGCCAUCGAACCUGUUGAGGGUGGUGAGGAGCAGAAUGACCACAUUGUGUAUCGUGUGACUGACAUGGACCUCGUUCCAAACACCUGCCCAGGAUGCUCCCUGAACAGCACAAAGCCUGAAGGGCAGACAAACCGCCACAGCGAAAGAGACAGCUGGUCUGAAGAGGAGAAGCCCGUCUUUACACAACGCCUGAGACGCUCAAAAAGACAAGUGCGGCGAGGUCAGCGCACCGUCCAGACUGAGACCAAGUACAUCGAGCUGAUGGUGGUCAAUGAUCAUGAACUGUUUGUGCAGCUCCGUCGGUCGGCCACUCAGACCAAGAACUUUGCCAAAGCGGUGGUGAACAUGGCCGAUGCGAUCUACAAGGAGCAGCUCAACACUCGCAUCGUCCUGGUGGCCAUGGAAACCUGGUCUACUGAAAACAGGGUCUCUGUGGGCGAUGACGCCCUGCUCACCCUGCGCGACUUCAUGAAGUACAGGAAGGAGAGCAUCAAGGAGCGCUGCGACGCUGUUCACCUCUUCUCGGGGAGGACGUUCAUGAGUAGCCGCAGUGAGGCGGCCUACAUCGGGGGCAUCUGCUCACUCACCAGGGGUGGAGGCAUCAAUGAGUUUGGCAGUGUGGGCCCCAUGGCCAUCACACUGUGUCAGAGUCUUGGCCAGAACAUUGGCAUGCUGAGAAACAAAGAGAGACCGGCUGCUGGAGACUGCAGGUGUCCAGACCCUUGGCUGGGCUGUAUCAUGGAGGAUACAGGUUACUACCUGCCCAGGAAGUUCUCUCGCUGCAGUAUAGACGAGUACCUGCGGUUCCUCCAGCUGGGAGGAGGCAGCUGUCUCUUCAACAAGCCCACCAAGCUGUUAGACCCACCGGAGUGUGGGAAUGGAUAUGUGGAGCUGGGGGAGGAAUGUGACUGUGGAUCGUUAGUAGAGUGUGCACGGAGUGGAGCCAACUGCUGUAAGAAGUGUACCCUUACCCACAAUGCCAUGUGCAGCAACGGGCUGUGCUGCAGGGACUGCAAGUAUGAGCUGAGAGGGGUGACGUGCCGCGAUGCUGUUAACGACUGCGAUAUUCCUGAAACCUGCAUGGGAGACUCCAGUCAGUGUCCUCAUAAUGUCCACAAACUGGAUGGUUACAUGUGUGAUGCUGGACAGGGUCGUUGUUAUGGAGGUCGCUGUAAGACCAGAGACGGCCAGUGCAGGACUCUGUGGGGCUACAACUCGGCUGACAGGUUCUGCUAUGAAAAGCUCAACUCUGAGGGCACAGAGAAAGGCAACUGUGGGCCGGACCCCAGUGGUCAGGGAUGGGUGCAGUGCCACAAGCAAGAUGUUCUGUGUGGUUUGCUGCUGUGCACCAACCUGACAGCUAAGCCGAGGUUUGGCGAACUGCAGGGGAAGCUCACCAGUCUGACCGUCCACCAUCAGAACAGAUACAUGGACUGCAGGGGUGGCCAUGCAGUGCUGGAUGACGGCUUGGAUCUAGGCUAUGUGGAGGACGGGACGCCAUGUGGGCCAAACAUGAUGUGUCUGGAGCGUCGCUGCCUCCCCGUCACCACGUUCAACCUCAGCACCUGCCCGGGCUCCUCGUCCUCACGCAUCUGCUCCCACCACGGGACUUGCAGUAAUGAGGUGAAGUGUAUCUGUGAUCCAGACUACACUGGGAAGGACUGUAGCGUGUUUGACCCGAUCCCCAUCCCCACCCCGCCAGAGGGGCCAGAGAAAUACAGAGAAACAUCCGAAGAGGAAGAUCUUCGGGAGUUUGAGUCGUAUCUCUGUGCUGUCCUGUCUACCUUACACUGUGUCCAGUCCGCUCUGAGGAGACAAAACAAAGAUGUCUUCCACUUAUGGGGCCUCAACCCUUUUCUGUUUCCUGCUCUGAUUUCACUGGUUUUCUCCUCCUGGAAAGUCAAAUUAUGUUUUUAACUGUGGUAUGGAAGCCUCUGAGGACACAUUCCCACCAGAUCUGAACAAAUCUCCAAGUACACGUCCACAGUAUCACCUCUUUUUUUUUUUUUCUUUUGGAAAGGACAGACGCAAAAAGAUCCCUUAAAUGAAGUGUGAUUACCCAACUAUUUUUUUACUGUCUCCUCCACUGGUUACAGCUGCCAUAUCGACUGUUAUUAUACUUUACCCCUUUAAGUGAAUUCAUGGAAGAAGGCUGUGUGCUUCUCCUAGUUUGCACUUUUUUGGGUAGCUUUCUGUUAAUAUAUUGAACCUCAUGGACAACACAACCACCUCCUUUAAGUGGUGUGGCUUUAACUGCGAUGGAAGUGUAGAAAUAUCACCAAAUAAUGCUGACAUUUUAUCUGUCUAGAUGAGGGUUAUUUGUGGUGCACAGUAGCCAUACAUAUGCUGCCUUUCAUUAUCAAACUGUAGUCCAUCCCGAAUCAACGCUUCUACAUAAUAUGCAUUAAUGUAUGAAUGUAUAGUUCAGGCCUGCAGGAAAGCAAGCAAGACUCUGAUUUCCUGCAGCCAAGCCGGAUAGACAGUUGCACAUGUACCCACCGAAUGUUUUAUCCCAUCUGUAUGAUAUAUAGUCCACAUACAAACAAUAUGCAUACAAGUAUGCUCGACAUGGGUGCUGAUGUACAUAGUGUAUCAUAAGAUGGACUCAUUUAGAUGGCAGUGACUCACUGCCGCUCUGAACUGAAGCACAAGUCUGGAGAGCGAAGACACUUCCUGCCUCUCAGCCUAAAACUGCUCAUCUCAAAGAUUUAAUUAGCAAGAGAGGAUUCAAAUCUUUGCAGUUUGUACUUUUCAGGGAAGUCUGAGCUCCUUUUCUGGGCUACGUGCCUGAUCAUUUAACUCAGUGUUGUAUGUUUUGUUCACGCCUCAGAGAUUUUCAAGUUUUAAACUGCAAAGUUCUGACUGAGAACACAAGAUUUCCACAUACAUACAUGAAUUAGAAUUUAGCUUCUGUUCAAGCUGAGGAAUCAAAAGGAAAAAAGGAAGAAAAGAUUUCAAAUAUGCUUUAUCUCUAAAUGGCUUUGGAUGAUUUAAUUCUGACUGAACAGAUCCAUAUAGUAAGCAAUAAAUGCUGUAUGUUUGUUUCAAGAUAAAAAAAAAAAGUGUUGAAUAUAUUCACCAUUUAAAAUUCUCCCGCUUGUAUCUGCAUCACUAUCCCAUUUAUCCUCCCUGGACUGCCGAGAUUCUUAAAUCAGGUUUAGAAGAUGUAAUCCUGUGAUUAUUAUAUACAAAGACUGAUUUCGAAUCUUCAUUUUUACCAGUAACAACGAGGAACUGUGCAGCAGCACAAACACCUGAAGCAAUGAUCCGAGUUACACUGCCAGUCAGCCUACGGUCGCAUUAAAGGAAUAUGUUGACAUUUUGAGCAGAAGUUAAUCAAUAAAGCGCCUCAAUGACACAGACAAGAAGAAGAAGCGUAGUCAUAGAGAUCUUUUUUUGGAAAGAAGACAACUUUAUUCAGGUGAGGAUGAAACUGUCCCAGAAUCUGUCAACACAGACUGAAUAUAAAAUGUCACCGUAUCCCUUUAUUACUACUUGAACUCUUUGGUCCGUAUACACAUGGUAUAAAAACCAAUACUCAAGGACAGACUGUGUUUACCGCCGCCGUUUGUGAUCACACAUCGUAGUUGGACUCGUCAAAGGAUUCGGGCACCGUUCUCACAUGGGAGUCGAUGUUGUUAAGUCUUACAGGAAGGUAACCAGUACUGGCUUUCGAUGUAAAUACUCAUAUAAGUGUAUAUUAAAAUAAAACAUAUCCGAAUAACAUUGACUGCAUGUUU